CCCUCAUCCAGUAAUACGAAGACGUCCUCCAUAGCUAACAAUGGGAAUCCCCGUAGAUCCUGUUGGACUGACGGUAUUAAGCAAUCCCCAAGAUGCAAUUGUCGACGUUGUGUUCGUCCACGGACUCCAAGGGCAUCCCCGGAAGACCUGGUGCUCAGAUCCGACACCACAAGGGAAGCAAAAGGACCGACUCUCCCAAUCCGACGUGCCUCAGAGAGGCAAACUUCGAGUCCCCAGCCCCUUUCGCUUUCUCCGCCACAGACGAAAAGGUUCCGAUAGAGAUGAGGAAGACAACGACAAGGCUGGGCAAGGUGAAGGAGUCUUUUGGCCAGAGGAUCUCCUCAAGGCAGACUGUCCAAGGGCCAGGAUCAUGACAUUCGGGUACAACACACACAUCACGCAAGGGUUCCACGCUGCAAACCAAAACAACCUCUUUGCGCACGCGCGAGACCUGUUAUAUGCAUUGGAAGGGAAGAGAAGGCAGUCGCCAAAUCGCGCCUUGAUAUUCCUCGCGCAUUCGCUUGGUGGCAUAUUAGUGAAGGAGGUUCUUCGGCGCUCCGAAGUGGAUCCAGACGAAAAGGUGAAGGCAGUUUACACCUCCACUAUCGGUGUGUUCUUCUUUGGCACUCCCCACAGGGGUAGCAAGGACUGGGCUUCGUUCGGAGAGGGCGUUGCUACUGUCGCAACUUAUCUCCUAGGCGUAGACGUCAAUCGCCAGGUCAUCCACGCCCUCUUACCCACGGGACCUGAGCUCGAGCUUUGCCGAGAGUCAUUCACCAACCAGUGGGUCAAGCGUGGGAAGAGCCUCACGGUUAGAACUUUUCAGGAGUCUAAAGCACUUACCGGCGUCCGAUUGGGCGGAUUCAAUCAGCUUGUAUGUAUGGGCUUGGUUCAGGUGUCAUAAGCAAUUAAUGGACGUCUAGAUCGUACCAGCUGACUCCUCCAUUCUUGACCAUCCAAACCAACGACCAAGAACAAUAGAUGCGG